AUGCUGUGCCCUGAGGUCUGGGACUUCAAGGCCCCGCAGCACCGUUUCGAGCAUCACCAGGACCGACUCGCCGACUCGGAGGAGACGAAGCCGAAUCGUGUGGCCGAAGCGAUCAAGACGCAUUACCUCAAUCACUCGGUGUCUGUGGUGCUUCCUAACACAAGCAGCAUUCCGGAAAGUUUUAAGGAAAACAUUUUAGAAGACAGCGAUUACUAUAGAGUCGAUGGUCUACGUGUUGUUGAGUUGAUUAACAAAGAAUUCAUUGAGUCAUUUGUCAAGAAAGGUGAACUGAAUCUCCUAGCCAUAGAGAAGCGAAUCGACGUGGAUAACUCGGCUGCCAUACUACCCACCGGCCACCUGCUGCUCAUCCUCGACCGCGAAAGCUACCAGAGACUCGGCCUCGAGGGCAAGCCCAGCUACUUCGAGCGCGAAAAUCCCUCGCGCUACGGUAAGUUCCUCACCGCGACAGCCUAG